AUGAGGUGUUUAAAGCCUCCAUUUGGUCUGCCCGCAAACGAAGCCACCAAACCGGAUAUCGGACCGACUUACUUGCUAUCUACUUCGGGGGAGUUUCAACGUAGCCUGAGCUGCCGUGCUCCUGACACCACCGAAUGGAUUCUUGAUGCGCCAGAAUAUACGACCUGGCAUUAUGAUAUCGCCAGAAGCGUAUUAAACAUCCAUGGGCCGUCAGGCACCGGCAAAAGUGUCCUUGCUGCAUCGAUCGUGGAUCACCUUCAGAGGGCUGAACCAGAUGUUCCCUCAUUUCAAUACUUCUGUCCUCAAGAACCUCUCAAAUAUUCAACCCAAAAUCAAUCACAACAGAGCUUAUCAUCAUCUCUCCUUAUAAGUUGGCUGGCCCAAGCUUUUGAGUGGAGCUCGGAUCUGAAGGGCAAGGUCGACGUUCUAGAAGAGAAACACCGUCCUUCCCGGCGCGAAAAAUGGUCCUGGAAUAGUCUACGGAGCGUAGCUCUCAACAAAUUAUGGGACCUUCUGGUCGAUACAAUCAAAGACUUACCAAAGAUUUAUUGCGUUAUCGAUGGGGUGGACGCCUUCCAAGAUCCCGAGGACGCAGAUUUCCUACAACAGAUACUCGGCUUGCAAGAAGCUUGCGUUGGGAAUAUGAAACUUAUUCUUACUAGUCGAAACGCCGCAGUUCUCGAAAAUACCAUCAAUGUCAGCAUGGUGAAUGAGAACGUGUUGCAAGAUGUUCGCGCAUUUGUUGAUGGACAACUCGAGUCAUUCCAAGUGUCCAAGGACAUCAAAUCUCUGAUUAAAAACAAACUCAUGGGGAGAUCAUUCAUAUACACCCAUCUUGCCUUGCUCAUCCUCAAAAGCGAAAGCGAUCCAGUAGCCAUUCACCAGUCACUGGUCGGCCUAAGUCCGAACUUAUAUGGUCUAUACGACCACAUAUUGAAGGCUGGCACUUCUGGCCCGCUGCCCCUCCAAGAUUACCGCAGAACUGUUUUGACCUUGGUGAUAUAUGCUGGGCGUCGAUUACGUCGUCUCGAGAUCACUCGUGCUCUCGAAGUGCAGUUUGGACCCGAAGCCAAGGAUCAGGAGCUAAUCAAGUCCUCUUUCGGGCCACUAUUGAAAUUCUUGGCAGAUGAUACCUUCUCACUGAUUCAUGAGUCCUUCAUUGAGUUUAUUCAUGACAAGAAUCGAAGCUUGGAAAGUCAGGCCAUUCUUCCCAUCAUCUCGGCGGCGAAUGCACACGAAAACUUGAGCAGUAUAUGUUUUCGCACCUUGAUAGGAGAUCACUUCAAUGGUAAACGAUUGGAUAAUCUUGAGGUGAUGCCACAUAAGCUCUGGAGAACGGCUACGAAGUGCAUGCCCUUCCUAGAUUAUGCCGCAUCCAAUUGGUUUCUUCAUGCCAGGGAGCUUUCUGAGAUCACAGGCGAUUUCAAAAGCCUACUGCUGGAAGGAAUGCGAGAGAGAAGAGAUUGCAUAGCCGUCUGGAUGAAGGAAGUUUGCAGACCCUCGGAUGAUUCGCUGUCAUCAUUCGGUCUCAUUCACGUUGCAGGAUGGUCUGGAAGUGUAUCUAUGAUUGGACUCGCCAUGGAACAAGGCUCCUCUUGCGAUACUACCAUGUCGGACGGCACAUCGGCCUUGGCCAUCGCUGCACAACAUGGUCAUUACGAGGUGGUCAAGUUUCUGCUUGAAAAUGGUGCAAGUUCAGACCCAAUCAAUCGAGACGGUAAAAGUCCACUUGACUACGCAGCCAGCCAUAAUCAUGUCCAGAUUGUACUACUUCUGGUCCAGGCUGGUGCACUGGUGAAUUGGGUACCGAAUAGCGAGCUAAAUAUGAAACCUCGUGAUGGAAGGAUCGAACGUCGCAAAUCAGCAUUUUCCCAGGCUUUCUUUUCCAAUGCCAUGGAGGUCGCUGAACAGCUUAUCUUGCUCGUGACCAAUGAGAGAGAGAUAGAUGAUGCUCUUGACCACGCUGCAUCCUACGGAAAGACAGAUUGGGUCAAGCUGCUUUUGACUUCGCCCCUGGCGAAUGUCAAUGGCAGAUCUUCCGAUACCCCAUUGUUCCGUGCUGGUCUCGAUCACCACUUGGAAACCAUGAAGUUGCUCCUGAGAAGGGGCGCAGACCCAAAUAAAGGGUCAGUAGGUCUACGUUCGCAUGGUUGUGUUAUGGUACCUCAUUCGCCUGAUGAUGCUCCCUCUUUUCCGCUCCAUGCUAUCGCUGGAUUUCAAACCGGUGGCGAAUCUAGCUGGGGCACUGCAGACGCGGCAAGACUUCAAAGAGCACGAGAAUGCUGCCAAGUGUUGAUUGACGCAGGCGCCAAUGUCAAUGCCCAGGGUCUCCGUGGGAACACGUCUCUGCACAUAAGUGCUUCAAAAAACCUCUCUUCCGUAGUGGAACUUCUCUUGGAAAACGGCGCAGAUCCUUCCAUACUGAAUGAUGAGGGAAAAACCACGCUAUGUAUGAUCAAAGCAUCCAAAGAAUCGAUUCCCUUGAUGGAGACACUGAUCAAAUGCGGGUUGAAAUUGGAUGAAGCACACGAGGUUAGCGGGAAAGUUCCGUUUCAUUCGAUUCUCGAAUCUCGAGGUCCUUCGGAACAAUCAAACGCAUCGUGGCUAUCGCCGUUUGUGAGGAAUUGGAAUGCACAGGAUAGGGACGGCAACAUACUCUUGCAUCAUAAGAUGGCACCUCGUUAUAGGAGCAAUGCAGAGCUUAUUGCGGAGCUGAUGAAACUGGGUGCUGACCCGCGGCGGAAAAACAACCUUGGCGAAGGGCCGAUGCAUAUCCUUGCCAAGAACUGGUCUUCAUUUUCGGUGGAAGAUGCACAAGCGAUUUUCAGGCUAUUUUUGGAUGCUGGCGUAGAUAUGGGAGCAAGUGACGUGGAAGGUCGCAUCCCUCUGCUCCAUCUGGUUGCCGGGAUGCAAGAUGGGCAUAACGCUGAUCAGAUUCCAAACUUCAUUCGGGAGUUUGGAGCCAACGUCAAAGCUGUCGACAAUGACCUCAAUGGCGUGUUGCAUUUGUUUCUCCAAGGGGAGCCUUCGGAAAGCGUGUUUUUCGAAUUGCUAGAAUUGGGAGCAGAUCCUUUACUGGUUAAUGCGGCGGGUGAAAAUACGAUGCACAUUCUGAUGAGAUCCAAGUCGGCAAAGAAAGCCGCUAUACCGAUCAAGAUAAUCAAAUGGCUUUCGCGAGAUGGUGUUUCUAGCACAUAUCAAGAUCAGCACGGAAACACUCCACUACAUGUGCUGUGCCUGACGGACUUGAGGCUCAUUCCAGGCAAAGGGCCCGAUAGCCCUGCACUCGAUGUAUUGCUCGAUUUAGAUGACAGAAAGGCGAUUCAUAUGAGAAACAACCAGGGUUUACUACCAAUACACCUUGCUGGAGCUAAAAAAGAAGUCCUUCUCAUGAAACUCAUCUCAAAGGGCGCCUCGUCAACCAUCCAAACGGAUCGCAGACAGAAUCUUCUCCACAUCGCCGCCUCGGCGUGCAAAGCGAACAAUGUUGGCUUUCUUUUGGACCAUUAUAGAGAGUUAGAAUACCUUGAUACAUUUUUGAACCAAGAAGAUGAGAACGGAUGUACCCCGUUACAUGCUGCCUGCAAAGCUAUCUCCCAAGAAAGCGUUUCCGUGUUGAUGGAAGCCGGCGCAAGCCUUGACAUUCAAGAUCAUUUAGGCCAGACGCCACUGGUGCUAUCACGUCAACUACUCGAAGAUAUCUUGAAAAGUGGACCUAAAUCGAAUACGCCAUCUCAGAAAGGUCCUCUGUUCCUACAUACUGGGGAUAAGCGAGCUGGUCAACUAAUGGAGAUAAUAUGUCUUCUUGAACAAGCUCUAGGUCAUUCACCCUCCUUUAGAGGUGACCAUGCACUUGAUCUGAAUGUUCCCUUCUUUCGCCUCAAAAUCCAGUACGAGAUUGCCCUCAACAAAGGAGAUUACGGAGCUUUCAAGAAAAGUAUCAAUGCAGGGGCUGACUUUGGCCCGGUCACACAGAAACAGACCGAGGACUUGCUUUCCAUGUUAAUUCACGGGAGGUACAGUUUCCUGUUCAGUAUAAUUGCACAUUCACUUCAGGAUCCUAGCUGGGUCAAGGGGUCCAAAAUUGUGAGUCCAUAUCUGGCUAUUGCUGCUCGCGAAGAUGCGCCCAACAUGCCAAUUCUCCGCUUGUUAGUGGAAAAAUUUGGCGCUGACGUGAAUGCUACCUACAAAUCUCCUAACUCAUGGGAGAAAUGGGAGAAAGGGAUACUCCAUAUCCUUGCCACAGGCCAGUAUUGGUGGCAAAAGUGGGCAAUGGAGUAUCUUCUAGCAAGAGGUGCUAAUCCGGAUAUGAAAGAUAGCAAUGGCAGAACACCAUUGCACGUGGCCAUAAAAUGCUCACAAAAUGGAUCUUUCAUGAGCAAAUACAUGAUUCAAGCCUUGCUCAAAAACGGCGCCGACCCAAACCAAACAGAUAAAAAUGGUAUUGCACCCUUGGACAUGAAAAUUUCAGACUCUGAAAUAAGUCAUCUGCUGGUUCAGCAUGAGGGGAAACCCAGUCGUCCCGAUCGUUCGGCGGCUCUUCUAGCCGCCAUUGGGAGGGAAGAUAUGCGAGAAAUUCAAGAAAUUCUGGCGACUGGACAAGACUGCAAUGUGCUCCCACCCGAGAAACAAAAGGAGUCAGGCACGCAUAAGAAGGGAUUAUUCUCAUCUGAAGUCCCGCGACUCUACCCUCUUGAACGUGCAUUGAUGUUUCACGAGGUUUCCGAUCCUCAGAAACACAUUCCGAUCAUCAAGGUUCUUUUAGAGCAUGGUGCCGACCCUCUUCAAAUCAAGAAUCAAUACCAGCAGGAUGAAGGGGAAGUGACAAUCCUCCACAGCGUGAUACAAAGUGGGCAUCAUAUUGAAGUCUACGAUUACUUUCUUGGGCGGGAAGGGAUAGACCUUGAAUCACAGGACCCUCAAGGAAACACUCUCUUUCUUGCAGCUUGCAAGCAUCGAAAGUCGGGACUUAGAGCAGCUGCACCGGGAGAGAAGAUGCGAUGCAUGGAUAUGUAUGAGAGGGGAGCCAAUAUUCGCGCCGUAAACAAGCACGGGGAAAAUGUGCUUCAUUGUUUGAUGGCACGAGAUAUCGAUGGCUAUUCUGAGGCAGUUAAAAGGGAGACUCUUUCUUUUUUCGCGCGUGAAUGCCCCGAGCUCGUCAAUCAGCGUAACGAAAAAGGGUUCACGCCGUUUCACCUGACUCCAAGAAGACAGCGAGAAUGGGCAUGGGAGAUUCUCCUAGAAGCCGGUGCAGACCCCCUUACAACACCACCUGAUGGAGUAACGGCUCUUCAUAAAGCUGUCGUUAUCUAUUCAAAUUGGUUCAAAUGGUUUAGUAAACUACACACCAUGGGCAUUGACGUGAACUCGCAGGAUCAAAAUGGUGAGACCCCCAUUUUCUGGUGGGCGAGAACCGCUCAGGUUAUUCUGGAUGAAGAGAACCAAGAUCCCCGUCACCGAAAAUCCGAAGCGGAAAUAGAACAAGCAGUUCAAGAUACAAUUCAGUACUUCAAAAAAGUUGGCUGUGAUUUUCAUCUAGUGAACAAGCGUGGGGAAAAUUUACUCCAUAUCGUUGCUCUGAGGGAUCUUGCUUGGGAAUCUCGGUGGAAUUCAUCUGUGGCGGUCCUAAAUUUGGCGGUGUUCAAGACAUUUGUUGGCAAUGGCUUAGACCCUCUGGAUCAGAACGAGCAGGGCUGGUCUGCGUUGGAUGCGGCCAUCUCCAAAGGGAAUGAGAAUUUAGGAGAAUGGUACGGGAAGAUGAGGAAAUGA